AUGCACCCGCUGGCUUCCUUCACUGCAUCUCGACGCCAAGCCCGAGCAGAUGUCGAUGUCUUGCUCUUUGCAGAGUUGCGUUGUCCUGGAAUGCCGAGAUGUGGUGUGCAUGUCGGCCUCUUCUGGAAUCCCACACACAUGACGCUGCCAGACUUUGUGCAGGAGCGCUUUGCUGUCUGCACCGCUUUUCCUUUGGACCUUCGCACGCUGGCUGCGCGCAUGGGUGUGGAACCGCCCAGCCUUUGGCGUUCAGUUAAUGCGGCGUGCGGCAGUCCUGCUGUCCUCGAAGCACUCGCCAAUCUGGAAGCGGCCUUCACCGACGCGGCCAUGUUCCCCGACGCCCAACUGUUCCACUCUCCUCGCGCACAAAGGUUUCCUCUUGAACUCGUGGGACCUCUGGCUGGCAACCUACAGACCGUGGACGUCUAUGCGAGCGCUUACCAGUACGGCCACGUACCCUUUCUCUUGAUUGCCGUCCUCCCCGACGUCGAUGCGGACCUGAGCUCUUCCGACACGUCUGCGGCAGGAGCCGUGUUUGUGGAUCGUGCCGGCCUGCCGCCAACAGCGCCGGACGCCUGCUCCGUCUCGUCCUCUACGUCCCCGACAUCCUUUCACCUGGCGGCCGGCGUGACUGGGCCUUUCUCAGUCAGUGACGAGGCCGAGACUGUGCCCUUCCCGGCCGAUGAGCUGCGGAGCCAUCUUGGUGCAGCGUUCGACCAUUGCGAGCUGGUGGCAGACACUCUUUCUGUGCCAAGCUCCUGGAUUUUGCUGGCGGAGGUUUGCGCCGCGGGCUUCUUGGCGCCUACUUCCAAGCUCCUGCCCGCCAAAACUGUCCCCAUCUAUCCAAUGCCGUGGGCUUUUGUUCUUCAUCCCGGCUCCACGCAGACCAGUGGUGUCAUGGCGACCUACGGUCGCGUCCUGCGACAAAUCGAGGUCUGGGAGAACGAGCGCCUACAGCAUGAGGCUCGACGUGACCAUGCCGCGCGUCUACAAGAGCUCCGUGGUCCUCCCGGCGAAGGAGAAGCGGACGAGUCCCAGCCCAAGCGGCCCCGCUUUAGCCCUCCGGCCGAAUUUCGGAUGGGCUUCACAUCGGGCUCCGUCGACGGCGUCAUUGGACGCAUGUCGGAGCCGCAAAAUGCUUCCCGUGCUGCGGCCUUCCUGCCCGAAGGCACGGUGUUCCUGAACUGGAUCUCCGAGCAGUCGGCAGGGUACAAAGGAUUGAUCACCCAGCUCACCGACCGUCUGAUCUGGGACAAGGUGACUGUGAAGGAGUUGAUGUCCGCUCUCGGGGACGCAGAUCCAUUAGGCUUCCGGGAAAGACUGCUCAUCAUGUACGAGCGGCCUCGGUUCCUUUCGUCGGUGGACAUUCGGGAUGCUUGCGCACGUAUUCCGGCAGACACCUUGCACGUUUGGCUAGCCAAAUCUUUCUGGCCGCUGCACUGUGUGCACACAGAAGGCCACAAGUUGGCUCCGUUCAAGCGCGACCUCAACUAUCCUUGGUUGGCCUACAAGCUGUCUGCAGAUGCUGAAACAGCGUUCUGGAAUCAGUUCGAUGCGAUGGCCCAAGAACAAGAGCGGCACUAUGGCACAGACCAGCAAGCGGCUAAGCGAGCCGGGAAAAACAAGACUCGUCAUGCGCGGCUGGCGGUGCCACUGCACAAUCUCGUGCAGAAAGCUGCUGGAGUCGAGCCAGCUGCGUGGUCCUUCGAUGUAUCGGUCAAUGCUGCUGCUGCGAGCGUGCUCCUCAGCCGCUACAUGGACGAAGUCUUUGCGAAGUUGGACUUGCUUCGCUCGCGACCUGGUGCUGCGCCUGCUGCUGGCGCUGCCUCUGCACGCCCUCCUGUGCCUGGCGGUCGCUCGCCCGUCAGUGUCCAGUCCGCAGCGGUGCAAGCGGUCCUGGCUACAAACUCGUUAUCCAGCCUGCUGGCGAACAGCGACAUGAAUGCGAUCCUGAUUAUUUGCCGUGCCGUCUGCGAGUCCCAGAAGCACCCCUGCUUCCGCAUCCCAGACCUCAGCCAGCUCAAGGCAGUCAAAGCUCUCAACAAGCCCGCCGCCGAGCUAGGUCCGCUGGGGCAGCGUGCUUUCAAGGCACUCGACUUGCUGGGGCUCGGGGUCGCCAGCCUUAGCACCAACACGGGUGGCAUCAAGACUGUGUACUUCGCCAAGCUGCCGCAGGAGCGGCAACAGCAUCCCCUGGUUCAGCAGUCGCCGACGCUGCUGCGUGCCCAAGCCUUUCACUGCCUGCCGCAACAGGCCACCGAAAGCUGCCGCCACGCAACGCAGCCGGUCAUUCAGUGGCCCGACCUGUCGGACGCGGCCACUGCUGCUCGUGUUCAAGCAGAGCAAACUUACUUGGCUGCACAGCUGCAGCCGCCGCCAGCUGCUUGA